UUAAUGAAGCACCGAAUUCGAUUAUUACAAUUAAGACCAAUUUUCCUCCUGUACCAUAGAUCAAUAUUACUAUAGUGAGUAUUACUUUUACCUAUAAAUAUAUCUAAUAUUAAUAACUUUUUGUACAGAUUCUUACUAUUCUUGGAAUCACAUAAAAAAAACCUUUUAAUCAAAUUCCGCAUAUUUUGUCUGUGGUUAACCAUCAAAUUUUCAACCAUUUUGAACUGGGACUUUAAUAAAAAUUCAAAUUUUGGGGUUUUGGGUUUUGAGAAUGUUCAACGGCAUGAUGGAUCCUGAAUUGAUCAGAAUGGCUCAAGAAUAGAUGAAUCGAAUGUCUCCAGCUGAGUUUGCUCGGAUUCAGCAACAGAUGAUGUCUCAUCAUGUUAAUUAGAAUGGCUUCGGAAGGCAUGAAAAACAUGAAACCAGAGGACUUGAAGGUUGAAGAAUACCCACCCAACGGAGAUGACUGAGAUUGGUGAGAAGAUGGCUAAUGCAUCACCUGAAGAAAUAGCAGCAAUGCGUGCCCGUAUGGAUGCACAGGUUUCUUAUGAAUUAAGUGGAGCUCAGUUGCUGAAAAAGCAGGGAAAUGAACUUCACAGCCAGGGAAGAUUUAAGGAUGCCCUUCAAAAGUAUUCGGCAAAGAAAAAUCUGUCAGGCAUUCCUGCUGUGAAAGGCAUAAGUCUUCUAUUGGCUUGUUCCCUGAAUAUUAUGUCAUGUUACUUAAAAACUGGGCAGUACGAUGAGUGCAUAAACCCAGUACGAUGAGUGCAUAAAAGAAGGUAC